AUGACCUCACUUACCGCUGCCUCGCUACCUGACCACAGUAAAGGGAACAAAAUGCAUCGUUUGCCAUCUGUUUCCAGUCUAAUGUCCCCUCCGGAGUCCAAGCCUCUGGAUAGCUUUAACCCUCCAUUCUCGCCCCAUGCAAUACCACAGGAUCAACCAUUUGGUCAUGAUGUGAAGCUUCCUCCUAUAUUCGUUGAUCGCAAACGAACACAGUCAGAAAUGGAUCUUCCAUCGCCACCUGUCACACCCUACACUGGGAACAAAAAGAGAAAACCCAGCACAUCAGAAAACAUCGAGCAGGACGUUACUAUUGGGGCCUCCCGAGACCCUGUCCUGUUUCCUCGGCAUGAAUCCAUUGCUGACGUUGCCUCUGACGAGUCGUUAUUCGGCCCUGUAUUCCCACCCGCGGCAGAAGCGCUCGUCGAGCAACAUAUCAAUUCUCACAUGGCAAGGUUUGAGAACAAGCUGAAUAAGCCAACACGCGAUGAGUAUCUUUUGGCCCUCUCGUGCGUUCCGAUUGUUUCGGCUCAAUAUAAUCGCAACCCGAUGGCGUGGGCCAAAGAGGAGCGAGAAACCCUAGAGCGUCAAUUAGCCAUGAUGAAUCGAUGUUCCCCUCAGAGAUUGGAGGCGAGAUUAAAGAGAAUCGCACCUGCACCUGUCAAGAAAGCAGUUGCAUCCCAAGCCCGCGUGCAGAGAACUCCCAGAGUCAAGCGCACACCGAAAUCCACACCGAAACAGAAGGUUCUUGAUUCAUUUGACACAUCCCCUCCGAAUAACAAACCACCCCGCGCAAUAGGCACAAAUCGGGAUGACACAGAUUAUGGUUCGAUCGAUGAUUAUUCACCCCCACUAGAAACCCUUGGCAGCAAUGCGAAAGCUUUAAAGGCCGACUGGAAGGGACAAAUGCUAGACCUCACUCACGACCCAGAUCGACAAUUGCUGAGUCCCGCUGAGUUCAACCUUGCAGCUACCCUCAGGCUUUCAUGUGCCACAUAUCUAUGCAGCAAGCGGCGCAUCUUCGAAGCUCGUGUCAAAGCCCUGAACGUGGGCAAGGAGUUUCGCAAAACGGAUGCUCAGCAGGCCUGCAAAAUUGAUGUUAACAAAGCAAGCAAACUUUGGACCGCCUAUGACCGCGUGGGUUGGUUUAGGCCUGAACAUUUCCAACAAUAUCUGUUAUGA